CACCUUCCUGUCAUUAAAAAAGAAAAAAGAAGAAGCUUUGUGCAGUGUGCACCGAAGAGAAACCCUAAUUUCUGCAGUUCCCGAAUUCGAUUCAGAGAAGGCUCUCGAAACGAGCUCAGACAUCUCAAUUUUUCUCAUCUUCUUCGUUUCUCUUACGCAGUAAGAUCUGCGUGGAAGGCGUUUCCUAAAGUUUUAUCAAACUUUGGGUUUGUUUCUUUGUUCGGUGGGCUGCAGCUAGUUUCGCCAUGUCUUGGUGCACGAUAGAGUCGGAUCCUGGCGUAUUUACGGAGCUUAUUCAGCAAAUGCAAGUCAAGGGAGUGCAGGUUGAAGAACUGUAUUCCCUAGAUCUUGAUUCUCUCAAUAAUCUUAGACCCGUAUAUGGGUUGAUUUUUCUUUUCAAAUGGCGCGCUGGAGAGAAAGAUGACCGUCCAACAAUCGAGGAUACAGUUCCUAACUUAUUUUUUGCGAGCCAGGUCAUUAAUAAUGCAUGUGCAACCCAAGCAAUACUGUCCAUCCUUUUGAACUCACCCGAGGUGGAGAUCGGUCCUGAGUUAUCGAAACUGAAAGAAUUCACCAAGAAUUUUCCACCUGAGCUAAAGGGUUUGGCUAUCAAUAACAGCGAAGCCAUAAGGACAGCUCACAACAGUUUCGCGAGGCCUGAGCCUUUCGUACCGGAGGAGCAAAAGGCCGCUACGAAAGAUGACGACGUGUACCAUUUCAUUAGCUAUGUACCUGUUGAUGGCAUACUGUAUGAGCUCGAUGGACUCAAAGAGGGACCUAUCAGUCUUGGCCCAUGCCCCGGUGGCCAAGACGGAAUCGAAUGGCUCCAAAUGGUUCAGCCCGUGAUCCAAGAACGGAUCGAGAGGUAUUCCCAGAGCGAGAUCAGGUUCAACCUUCUUGCUGUCAUCAAGAACAGGAAAGAUAUCUACACCACUGAACUGAAGGAGCUUCAAAGGCAGAGAGAACACAUCUUGCAGCAGUUUUCUGAUUCGGACAAAACCAGCUCGGAAGCUCUGAACCUGUCUCUUGGAGAGGUGAACAACGGGAUCGAGGCAGCAACCGAGAAGAUCAUAAUGGAGGAAGAGAAGUUCAAGAAAUGGAGAACGGAUAAUAUCAGGAGGAAGCAUAAUUACAUACCGUUUCUAUUCAACUUCCUGAAACUCUUAGCGGAGAAGAAGCAGUUGAAACCGCUGAUCGAAAAGGCGAAACAGCAGAAGAAGAUGGGAAGUGGAAGUGGAGGCUCAAGGUGAUGUUUUUGGAUGUUUUGUUCUUUUUUCUUGCACAAGCAGGCUGCUGAACUUGAAAAGAUUUUUUUGGUAAAACGGCUCUGAAAGUGCAAAAGGGCAAAAGUUCUUCACAUUCUAUUUUGUGAACCUUUUGCCAUCUUUUUUUUUUUUGUAUUUUAAUUCUUAAAACAUUAAAAAAGAUGAUUCAUUGGGAGAGAUUUCUAUCGUAUGAUCGAAUUUGCCCGAAAUCAA